GAACAUCCCCUCAGCGAACAGGACACAAACAAAUUGUGUCACACAAUAGUUCUCGGUAGUGACGACGGCGAUAAGAAUAACAAUAAUGACAAGCAUAUCGUAUUAUAUUCUCCUCUCAAGACUGGACACAGUUUCACCCAUGCCUUCCACCGCUCUUCGUUUGCUUAACGUGAUAAGGAUGCCGGACCAUGAUGGCAUUUCCUUAUCUCCGACUUGAGCACACAUUACAUACCAGGCCCCAAACCAACCAAAAUAGCAUAACAAACACCAUUAUUAUUGUUAUUAUUAAACCAGCAGCAGCAGCAGCAAUAGUCAUUUAUACGUAAAAACCACCUGCUCAAGAAUACGACCCGCAUUAAAUUUAGAUAUUAAUCAUGCCCUCUGACACAGCGAUGCCGGGCGAGUUAAAAGACGCCGUUCCCGUGGUUCCCCUCCACGAGUGGAAGGGUGCCGCCGGGCGCUUAUCUAAACUGGGUGGGUCGACUGGACGACCGGAUUUUGUGGUGCGUGUCCCCGGAAGGGUGAACCUGAUUGGGGAGCAUGUGGACUACUGUGGAUACGGCGUCUUCCCCAUGGCCAUCGAGCAGGACGUGUUUGUCGCCGUCAGACUGGUGCAGUCGGGACGUGGCAGUGGUCCGCCUCGUCUCAUCCUGACCAACACGGCCACCGACCAGUAUCCGCCCUUCAGUUGUGCCAUCAAGGACGUCAGGGAGCACCUCUCCCUCCGCCGCCCCGGUGAGUCUCCUCCUUGGCACCUUUACUACCUUUGCGGGGUCCUCGGUGUUUUGGAGAGUCUCGGUUUGGAGGGGAAAUUAGAGGGUGACACGUCCUUCGAGGUCGUCGUUGAUGGCAGAGUUCCACCCCGCGCGGGCCUCUCCUCCUCCUCCGCGCUCGUCUGUGCAGCCGCGCUCACCACGCUCGUCGCCAACAAGGGCGACAUGACGCGAUCGGACCUCGCCUCCCUUUGCGCCCAGAGUGAGAGACAUAUCGGAACUCAGGGUGGUGGGAUGGAUCAGGCCAUCGCAUUCCUUGCCACGGCAGGGACGGCACAGAGGAUCGAGUUUCUUCCCACGCUGUCCGGCGAGAAGGUGACGCUUCCUCCGAGCGCUGUCUUCGUCAUAGCCAACAGUCUCGUCGAAGCCAACAAGGCCGCGUCAGACGGCUACAAUGUCAGGGUGGCCGAGUGUCGCCUGGCCACGUGGGUGCUGGCCAAAGCCCUUGGUGUGGCGGACUUUCUCUCCCUGGAGAAAGUUAAAGAGCUCCAAGUCGCGCUGGGAGUAUCGCUGGACGAGAUGGUGGCUCUGGUGGAGAAACAUGUGCGAAAAGAGGCCUACUCAGCAGCCGAGAUCGCGGCCGUGCUCUGCCUCCCAGUCGCCACUCUGGCAGAGAAACCACUCAUGAAUAGGAUUCCCUUGGAGAACUUGAAGCUCAAGUUGUACCACAGGAUUACCCACGUGCUCAAAGAGGCCGCCCGUGUCGCCGAGUUUCAUACUGCGUGCUGCUCCCCAUCCGUGGAUCUCGCCCGUUUGGGAGGACUCAUGAAUGCGUCGCACACUUCGUUGCGCGACCUGUACGAGUGUUCGCACCCCAGAUUGGACGAGCUGGUGGGGUUGGCGCAGGGGAUGGCGUACGGCGCGAGGUUGACGGGGGCAGGGUGGGGCGGGUGCAUGGUUGCGUUGUGCGACGAGGGUCAGUUGGCCCCAUUUCUGGAGGGGUUGAAGAACAAGUACUACUCUUCCGAGGGGGACGAGGGGAUUCAAAAACACGUCUUCGUUACACAGCCUGGCGCUGGAGCCUCAAUUUUGGAGUGAUCAGCUAAUAAUCAAGCUAUUUCUACGAUUGUUGAGAUGCUAAAUUUUUUGGGGGAUUACAAACGUUGACAAAUUUUUAUGGUGCAAUUAAUUCAUCAAUUUUUGAAUUUUUUCGAAAUUGAGAAAUAUCUUUAAAUAAAAAAGUAUUUUCUAACAAUAAUGAUUCCAUUCUGUUAAGAUUUGUAAUUAUAAAUCUGUCAGUAUUUUAAAUAUAUUAGGUAAUUAAUUUUAUUCCCAUGCAUAAUUAAACUAUGUCAUACUAAUGUGAAAUAUGUGAAUGUGCAAUAUUUCUUAAUUGUAAAUAAAUACAAAUUCCUAAAAAUAGCGUA